AUGGAUUCACUUCCUGUCUCUCUCAUCGAGACUCCUGAGGUUAUUGUUCCUUUCAACAAGGAUUUUACAGCUGCAACUGCCUCAGAAUGGAAACUUUCGCUGGUUGGAUACUCUGUUGGUAAGCGACCUUAUUACAAAGCUUUGCUUUCUACAGCUAAGAAAAUAUGGAAACUCAAAGUCUAUGAAAUGGUUUGGAGUAAGGGUGCUUGGUUUUUUCAUGGAAAGCCUUUUGUUUUUCAAAAAUGGUCUAAGACCUUUCAACCGACCCGUGAAAAUUUUGCUAUGGUUCCGAUUUGGGUUAGGAUUAUUGACAUGCCCCUUGUUUGCUGGAACUCAGAAGGUAUAUCAAAAAUUGCCUCAAAAAUUGAUACCCCUCUUGCUGUGGAUGCGUUAACUGCUGCGAAAACCAGGUUAACUUAUGCUAGGAUUUGUAUUCAAGUCGCCACCACCUCCGACUUCCCAGAUACGGUGCCCAUCUCCAUUGAAGAUGUUGUUUAUCAUCUAAAAAUCCAAUAUGAAUGGAAGCCCAACCCCUGUACCACUU